AUGAAAGCUGGAAAACGGCAACGUAACAAAUAUGUUGGUGUUUCCUCGGUCGGAAAGACAUUGGUUGUUAUGGGAUUUGGUAAAGUUGGUUCUGAAGUCACAACGCGUGCAAAGGGGCUCGGUAUGAAUGUUAUUGCACACAACCCUUAUGCUCCGGCUGAUAGAGCCCGAGCGAUCGGGGUGGAGCUAGUUUCUUUUGAUCAAGCAAUUUCCGCCGCAGAUUUCAUCUCGCUUCACAUGGGUGGAGUCAUCGACGAAUAUGCAUUAGUUCGGGCCCUAGACAAUGGAAUAGUUGCACGGGCGGUGCUUGAUGUGUUCGCUGAGGAGCCCCCACUGAAAGAUAGUGAAUUGGUGCAACAUGAGAAUGUCAUUGUUACUCCACAUCUAGGAGCAAGCACAAAGGAAGAACAUGAAGGAGUUGCAGCUGAAAUCGCUAAGGCUGUUGUGGGAGCACUGAAUGGUAAACUUUCUGUGACAGUUGUGAAUGCCCCUAUGGUUCCUGCUGCGGUGUUGUCAGAGUUGGCUCCUUACGUUGUGCUAGCUGAGAAGCUGGGAAGACUAGCAGUCACAGCUAGUCGGUGGUGGAAGUGGCAUUCAAUCUGUGAAGGUUGUCUAUAG